AUGAAGCAUUUCAUGAUGCCAAGAAAUCAAAUAUUGAGAGAGAAUCAUGAGUCCGCUACACCAUCAACACCAUCCGCAUUUCCGAACCUUAAAAGUAAAUCGAUAGCAGCAGCAAGCCCUAGCAACCGGAGACAAAAUUCUUAUAAAGAAAAUUCGGCGCCGACAUCAGAUCCGAACUCGACUGCGUCACCUGCCACUGCCAAGAUGAAGAGCCUCCCGCUUCCUUCGUGGCCCACGCUCAAGCAAAAGCUCAGUGUGGAUGCCGCAGUGGGAUUGGAGAAUAGUGAUGGGCCUACGAAUCCUGCCGAUUCUGUUGUGAAGGUAAUAGUGCGCAUCAGACCGCCAAACAAGGUUGAGGAAGAUGGAGGGUCAGUAGUUCUGAAAUUAUCAAAUGAUUCUUUGUCAAUAGCAUGGCAAACCUUUACAUUUGACUCAGUUGCAAAUAUUGAGUCUACACAGAUUGAUAUAUUCCAGCUCAUAGGGGCACCCCUCGUUGAAAAUUGUCUAGCUGGAUUUAACAGUUCAAUGUUUGCCUAUGGCCAGACGGGGAGUGGAAAAACCUAUACUAUCUGGGGUGCAUCCAAUGCCUCAUUGGAAGAACAUGAUCAACAAGGCUUAACACCUCGAGUUUGCCAGCGAUUAUUUGAGCGCAUUAAUGAGGAACAAGUGAAGCGUGCUGAUGAACAGCUUAUUUACAAUGAGCAAAUUACUGAUUUGUUGGAUCCAAAUCAAAAAAAUCUCCAGAUAAGAGAAGGCGUCAAAAGUGGGGUUUAUGUUGAAAAUUUGACAGAGGAGUGUGUAUCCUCAAUGGAGGAUGUGUCACAACUUCUAAUAAAGGGAUUGUCCAACCGGAGAACUGGUUCAACAAGCGCAAAUGCUGAAAGUUCUCGUUCCCACAGCGUCUUCACUUCUGUUAUUGAAUCGCGAAGCAAGAGAACGGUUGAUGGUGGGGUUAGCUGCUUGAAGAUGAGUAGAAUAAAUUUUGUUGAUCUGGCUGGAUCUGAAAGACAAAUGCAUACAGGUGCAGCUGGAGACCGUUUGAAGGAAGCGGGGAAUAUUAACCGUUCGCUUUCACAACUAGGGAAUUUAAUUAACAUUCUUGCAGAAGUUUCCCAAACAGGAAAGCAAAGGCACAUCCCAUAUAGAGAUUCCAAGUUGACAUUUUUAUUGCAGGAAUCUCUUGGCGGGAAUGCAAAACUGGCAAUGAUAUGUGUGCGGUUUCUCCAGCCCAAAGCUGCAAGAGUGAAACUCUCAGAUGAUGUAAAUGUUUUGAGACAAGUGAAACGACAGUUAAGGGAUAAACUUCAUCGAAUGAAGGGAAACGGAAAUCAAACAGGCCAAGUUGGAGCUUAUUCCACAGGAUGGAAUGCCCGGAGAAGUUUGAAUCUCCUGAAAUUUAGCUUCAAGCAGCCAAUUACGUUGCCCCACGUGGAUGAUGACACUGAUGAAGAAAUGGAAAUCGUUGAGGAAGAAACUGUUGAUGAGGACACAGAUGUUAAUAUAGAAGAUGAGGCACUCAAACCAGUUGAUGAGGAUAAAUAUAAUAUCACCGAUUUUCUGAAGUCUCCGACUCCCAGUGUUUCACCAAGGCUGAGCAAUAGCAGGAAAAGUUGUUUCACAUCAACAGAACAUUUGGCUGCAGCUCUUCACCGUGGUCUUGAUGUUAUAGGGAGCCUUCGUCAUAGUGCAGCUUUGGGACGAUCAUCAUUCAGAUUCUCUUGCGUACCAGCUGGUGUUAAAGCAGUUAUACCAGUUGUGAAAGUUGAUGCUGUGUUCAAACUCUUUUCAGUGAUGAUGAGUCAUCAGAGAAGGAUUCAGGAGUAA